UGGGGACGGGAAUGGGGGGGGACAAUGGACAGGACAUGACACAUGCUUAAUACAAUUAAAUAACGCCUGUGGAGGGUUAUCAUGCAUGUUCAACUGGCUGCCUCGGGCCUGGUACCGACAAGCUCGGGAGAUUGUUAAUCUCUCUGAGUUUGGCUUCAUGUGUAUGCCACCUCAACUGCCCACCAUGCCAGCGGCUCACCGCGGACGCGUGCAGCGAGCGAUAAAAGCAUGUCGUGUGUGCAGCUGGUGGCGAGCAGGAGUCACCACCGCUGACAACAGAGCUGUCAACUCUUCAUGACAGCCAUCAAUCCUCGCAGGCUCCCCCGCAGCGAGCGGAGGCUGCCGUGCAGGAAAUUGGAUCUACAUACUUUUUCAACUGUUUGGCCAAAGGCAGAUGUCUUAAGUUGGUUGCAGCGAGCCCUGUGGAAGACGAGCCGGCUUUCACUCCUGGAACCCAGUUUACUGUUGGACUUUAGGCUGGCUGACAUCGGCGGGAAAAGUGCAGGAUGUCCAACAACAUGGCCAAGAUUGCAGAUGCCAGAAAGACGGUCGAGCAGCUGAAACUGGAGGUCAACAUAGAGAGGAUGAUGGUAUCCAAAGCAGCAGCAGAGCUGAUGGCCUACUGUGAAAGUCAUGCCAAAGAAGACCCCCUUGUGACGCCAGUGCCUUCUUCUGAGAACCCUUUUCGAGAGAAGAAACUAUUCUGUGUGAUACUAUAACCCCCCCCACACACGUACGGGACAAAUGUCUACGCAUUAUAUAUGAUUAUAGGGCUGCACAGCUACUCAAAGGGUUAUCUAAAGAGAUGCCCGGGCCAACAAAUCUUGUCCUCCACAUGUAGAGGAACAUGAUUUUUAGUGGAGACUCGUCACAUCAUUAUGAUUUUAAAGGAGUGAAGAGAAGUGUGAGCCUCUGACACAUGGAAAUAUUUUGAUGUACUACAUUACCAAAAUUGUUGAUUAAAAAAGUUACAUAGUGCACCUUUUCAGUGAAGAAGAUAGUGGUGAUGUACAUGAUCAUUCCUGUUAGCCGUGACUCAGCCCAAUCAUAAUAUCUGUCAAAAUAAUCAAAAUCUAUUUUUUUUUUCACCAUAGUGUGCAGCCUGAUAUUAUUAUUAUACUAUUUUGAUGUGUGAAUUCAAUGUGAGCUUUAAUGACAAACACAGUAAGGAAACAUUUUUCUAACAACAUUCAGUUUUGUAUUUGAAGUAGCUCUCCGGCUUCACCUGAGGAACUAUCCACAUCUGAACAUGACAAUGACAGCAAUAAAGAUUUCUUGAGAAAGGUGCAAAGUUCAUUUUCAGACCAG